ACUUUACUGACAGACCUUAACGAAGCCUUGCUUGUGUGAGUGUCCUUCAUCUUUGAGUAUUUCCUUUCACAAAAUGGCCGUAGACGCCGCCGGGGAAUGGGUCCCCGCACAGUACCCAAAAGAUAUGGAUAACGUAGACCUGCGCCGACUAGUUGGUGUGCAGCCUAAAGGGUUCAAGGAGCGGACGGCCGGUAAACGGAAGCGGGAUGCAGAGGAGCAGGUGGACGACGAGCAGGUGGCGGCCAUGCAAGAAGACGAACAGCAGGAGUUGAAGCAGCCCGAGAAGCGCCAAAAAGCCGACGAAACAACUUUCAGGCCGGUAUCCGGGAGGACAUGGAAACUGCCUGGGCAACGAGCCAGCACCGUAAUGAAGCCAUCGACGUCCGGCAAGAAGAGCUGGAAUCAGCGCAUGGCAGAUAAGGCGGCUCGGAAAAACCUCCAGGAACUGAAGGGCGAGGCUGUCGCUGCAGCAAAGGCAAAACGCAAGGCUGCGGCGGACCAGCGGAAGGCGGCCAAGGAGCGCAAGGCAGCCAACCAACAGAAGAGUGCCGUGGUGCAGAAGAUUACCAACACUGCUACGGUUAAAAAGAUGAUGAAGGACAAGAAGCAGCGCAAGCUCCUGCGGACAGCGGACACAAACUAAGUGCUGCCUUGGUGCGGAUUUGUUCCGUGCAGCUGAGACUGCAGACUGCACGCAUGAAGUCUUUGGAUUUCAAAGCGGUGGCUGGCGUGCGGAGCUCGCCAAGGAGUGCACUAACAAUGAACGACAUGCUUGUACGAAUGGAAGCAUAUUAUGGUUACGAAACGCUUUGCAUGGCGUUCACAGCUGGGAUGAACAGCCGUGGACGCAAAACCUUGUUACUGAACUCAAUCCCGGGCCUUCAGGGUGUGCUAGCGGGUAGGUUACUUUGGGCUGUAGCAUGGGCAUGUGGUUUUAAAAGUGUACCUGAGCACUGGUUAUGACCGGUACUUGAAUACGAAUAGCGUUAACAGCUACUGUCAUUAACAAUGCAGCAUGGCGGUGUGGUUAUCUUGACUUCGUCGUUUUGGCGGGCGCUAGGGCUUGACUUGUUAUUGUAACUUGUGGUAUUGUACGGAGGGGUUGCGCGUACUCUUUUCAGUCAUCGCAAGUUAUGACAGGGUUGGCCUUUGCGCUCCUGUUGCCAACAUUAUGUACUAGGUACAUUAUGUACCUAGUCAUGUAAGGAGUGCCUGGCUGGCUGCACGACACGUAACCUUGUGGGUUUUGUAGGAAUUUGCCAUGGAAGGUACGUUGCAGCAGGGUUGGGUUGGACUGCAUACCGGUUGCCGUACUCCAGGGAGCAUGCGGGGCUCGAGGGCUGGGGACGUAGCUACCUUGGCCUCUUGUCCUGUAUCAGGGUGAGUGCAUGCACGGAUGCUGUGUGAGGGUUGCCGCACUGGUGCCCCUGACUCUACGUUUGCAGGAGUUAUACCAUCAUCGGUAACAUAGAUGUCUUUCUUCAAAUGGAAGGGUGGAGCUGCCACGGUGCGUGCCUAUAUCAACCGAGGUGUAGCUAAGCCGGGUCGUACCAGACGCGGCCUCUUGGACUGGUGGUAACGUCGCCAGUAUGCUUAUGGCUUUUAAGGUUCCCUUGAACG